AUGGAAGGAGAAGGAGGAGCGGUGCCGGUGGUGAUGACUCCAACUGCUACUAAUGAUAAUAUUACUGAACAACGUCUUAACCGUAUAGUAGACCUAAUUGUUUUACCUCUUGAAACUGCUCUUUAUGCUACCACUUAUGCUCGUUUGGUUUCACCUCGUAGUUUCGCUGUUUUAGAGGCCGUCGAUAGAGGUAUGAUUUGUGCUCUGAAAGGAAUCAGAGAGAAAGACGAUACCAAGGCCAGGUUUUACUUCCGGAUUCAUGUUUUACUUGGUUGGGAACAACUGAACAAGCCUUCUCCUCGUAGAGUACAGUUGGAAUGGGGCUCAUGUUUGCGCUCGGUACAAAGCCGUUCUGAGCCUCCAGCAGUGGAGGAUACACGCUAUACCAGAACAAGGUGCAUGUUGUCAGAGCUAGGCCUUCAGGGUUACGAGAAGCACUUCAAGAAACACUUGUUAAUGGACGAAACCAUGCCUUUGCUUAACGAAAGUGAUCUAGAAAAGGCUGGAAUCCCUCUUGGAGCAAGGAAGCUAAUACUGAACCACAUUGAAAGGUGA